GGAAGAUAAACAUAUACCGUGGAGAAAAAAAUGGCUGCCUCGGGAGCCGCCGGUUCCCCUGGCCGCCUGGUGCAGUACGUCGUGGUCCGUUCGGAUCUGGUCCACAAGCUGUCGUGGCCGCUGGGAGCCGUCAUCACGCAGGCAUGCCACGCCGCUACCGCCGCCGUGCACCUGCACUACGGCGACGGGGACACGCAACGCUACCUGGCCGAGCUGGACUCCAUGCACAAAGUGGUCCUCGCCGCACCGGAUGAGGCUGCGCUCUCGGGCUUAUCGGAGAGCCUGAACCAGGCCGGAGUGGCUCACAAGCUUUGGAUUGAGCAGCCUGAGAACAUAGCCACCUGUCUGGCAUUGAAGCCGUACCCCAAAGAAACGGUGCAGCCUCUGCUCCGCAAGUUCAAGCUCUUUAAGUGAUCGUGCCCCCAGCCUACACUCACUCAGCUGCCUAUAUUAAAAUGGUUUGAUAUCUAA